ACAAAAACGUCUCUAUUUCUUCUUCUCCCACCACUCAGAUCCAUCCAUCCUCUCUUUCUUCUAUCUCCGGCGGAAUCUCCGAUCACCGACAAGAAAAUAAUGGGCGCAGAAGCAAACGGAUCACUCAACUUCCUAAUCUACGGCCGAACCGGAUGGAUCGGCGGAUUGCUCGGCAAGCUCUGCGAAUCUCAGGGAAUCUCUUACACUUACGGCUCCGGCCGGCUUCAGGAUCGUCAAUCGAUCGUCGCCGACAUCGAAACCGUGAAACCUAGCCACGUUUUCAACGCCGCCGGAGUCACCGGACGCCCUAACGUCGACUGGUGCGAGUCUCACAAGGUCGAGACCAUCCGCACGAAUGUCGCCGGAACCCUAACUCUCGCCGACAUCUGUAGGGAAAAGGGACUCGUUCUGAUCAAUUACGCGACGGGUUGCAUAUUUGAGUACGAUUCGGGUCAUCCUCUCGGGUCGGGUAUCGGAUUCAAGGAGGAAGAUACUCCUAAUUUCACCGGAUCUUUCUACUCCAAAACCAAAGCUAUGGUGGAAGAGCUGCUCAAGAACUAUGAAAACGUAUGCACUCUGAGAGUGAGAAUGCCCAUAUCUUCAGAUCUAUCGAACCCGAGAAACUUCAUCACAAAGAUUGCUCGGUACGAGAAAGUUGUGGACAUACCGAACUCGAUGACAAUCCUCGACGAGCUUCUCCCUAUAUCGAUCGAGAUGGCAAAGAGGAACUUAACCGGGAUCUACAACUUCACGAACCCUGGAGUUGUUUCCCACAAUGAGAUCUUGGAGAUGUACAGAGAUUACAUAGACCCGAGCUUUACUUGGAAGAACUUCACAUUGGAAGAACAAGCUAAAGUUAUUGUGGCUCCAAGGAGUAACAACGAGCUUGAUGCUACUAAAUUGAAGACUGAGUUUCCUGAGAUGUUGUCUAUCAAAGAAUCUUUGAUCAAGUUUGUGUUUGAGCCGAACAAGAAGACUGAAGUUAAAGCUUAAAAAGUGCUGGAAAAAGGGUUUCUUGAAAGGUAACGGUCCUAAAUUCUACCAAAAAAAAUCAAAAGAAAUGGAAAGUGUGUGUUUUUAAAAAGAAGUGUCUUUUUAGGGUUUAUGGGCCGAAAAAUAUUGUUGUGUUUUUGUAUUUUUUGUUGUUUCUUCUUCUCGAUGUUGUUGUAUUGUUACAAUAAACUUUUUGAUUACAAAUAAAAAAUGUACCAUUUU